AUGGAUCCCUUUGAGAUAAACGAUGACUUGGUCUCGGACCGGGAGUUUAACGAGUUGCUGGCGGACGCGCUUGAUCUAUCUGGUGAAAACAAAGAACCGCAAGUCCUGCCGAGAUGCUGCCUAUGUUGCUUCAAGUUUGAGCCAUAUGACUUUAUCGCCGUUUUCAACCCCAGAAAUCUUCGCUUGCUCAGUCUCUGGGAAGGCGAGUACAAGGAGCCAGAGCGCAUUGACCCGACUGACUGGAAAUCUGCGGAAACUCGUCCCCUUGAGAAAGGUUACCACUCAGAAUGCGUGGACCUGGUUGCAAAAGGUCUCCCCUCUGCUGACUCCAUUCAUCGCACAAUCGAGGGCCGUAUCGGUUACGGAAUCGGCUACAGUAAACUUCUUCCAUCCAUGGAAGCAGCACGCGUACAUCGAUUGCAGAAGAGGUUUGGUCAAGAUCUCAUGGCUAUUGUCGCAUAUCGUAUUCCCCUCGAGAUCUGUGAGAAUAUUGGCCGCUACUCUUUGAGCGGAUAUGCGACGAACCUCAUCAACGACGUCUGGUCAAAUAAAGACUUUGCGGGACCUCAGCAUGCAUCCCUACGGGUGACCGACUCAAGUUCCAUCUGGGCACAGCACGUUGAAUUUGAGGGUCUCCAGUACAUCAAGUCUCUCUCUACCGCUCGUAGAAGCGAGAGCGACACGAAGCUCUUCGAGGCUACCCCCGGCAUCGUUGUCAGCGUCUACUUCGCUGAAGACUGUUUGGGUAUCCGUCAAGUUUUGAUCACUCGAGAUGACCAUACUCCUUCACUGAAUCAAGAUGAAGGCUUGAGAUGGGUUAUCAACCGCCGAAAACCUCUUCCAUUCAGCUUUAAAUACAAAACAGAUGGUCUGAAGCUGCGUGACUUGGCCAUCACCAAAAGUGAAGAUGCAGAGGCCAACUACCGACAGAGGCGCUGGGCUGCUCUGCCUAAUGACCUGAACAUUCACCAGCUCGCUCCGCCUCGCCCAAGGUGUAACUUUGAGGUGUCAAAUGAGCCGAUCCGCGCAGUUGACUGGAAUCUACCUGGAUGCCGUGGUUAUUCCGUUCUCAUGGAUGACUACUCUAUUUGCGACAUCAUCUCCCACUACACGGAAGUGUCAUCUUCACGGUUGGUGGAUGUGAGUAACGGACAUAAAGGUGAUUGGUUCUACAUACCCAUUGAUCGAGGCGAGCGAAUCGCGGAGCUUUGGCUUCGAAUUGAAGAUCGCGGCAAUAAAUGGAAUCGAAACUGCAAGUGUCUUGUUAUGCGUACGAAUAAAGGUCGGAGCUUUGUUCUCGGUCUUCAAAGUGGAGAGGCUAGCAAGUUCACCUAUCAGCCGCUCACUACAUUGUCGCUGACCGAUCCAUCUCGAAUGCUAUGUUGCAAGACCAAAAGGUCAGGUUUCUGGCUGGGCUUUGAACAAGCAACGACUUGGGACGAGCACGCCACCGGCAUUACAUUUCCGAAUUCUCCACCUCCUUGUCAAUUCAAAGAGCUCCUUUCAUGGAAUGCUGAGCUCCGGGAUGUCAGGGCAGUUGCUGUAGGCCGAAAUUGGAGAAACUCUAAGGAUGCGGGAAUUGUCGGCAUGCUCCUUACAUACGCCGAUGGUCAUCAACGAUCUCUCGGGCAGAUCCGUCUUGAUUACAUGGAGCCGCCUCUCAUCGUUUCUUCGGGAAAGAUCUGGCUUGGUAGUGACAAGUCAGAAAAUGAACCUCUCCCUGAGGGCUUCUGGCCGCGGACAAACAGGAUCAAGUGGGUUGAGGUGGAUAAGCCUGUACAUGAUAAGAACCGGGAGUACUUGGAACUACCGCUUACAGGUUCCCUUGAAUGGCACAGCCACUCGAUCGGGGAAUAUUACCGUCACUCAGUGUGUCAUCAUGAGAGCAGCGAACUACAAAAUGAGAUGGAUCAGGUGCUAGCCCGUGAGGCUGAGUCUGGAGGACGUGCUCUAGUUGUUGUCAAAACGUUCUCUGUCGCUGUUUGA